AUGUUUUGGAGACGUAAAACUUGUCCCAUUCCCAAGGCGUCUGGUCCGUACGUCCCUGGUUGCGUAGAUGUGAUGACAGGGUAUACCCCUGAAGGUUGUUUCUUCCGACUCUUCUAUCCAUCUUCAUUGGAAAAAACCAAUGAAGAUAAGUGGGUUCCAUGGGUUGAUGAUGUAGCUUACACACGAGGAUUUGCUUUAAUUCUUGGCAUCUAUUCCUUUAUGCUUCGAUUGUAUGUCUGGCUGGUGACAGGUACUCCAUACAUUCCAGCUGUAGAGGCAGCACCAUUGAGUAAAAGAAAAGAAAAAUUUCCUGUAGUGGUAUUUUCCCAUGGUCUUGGGGCUUCCAAAUUUUUUUACUCAGGUACCUAUACUGAGUUGGCUUCCCAUGGCUUUAUUGUGGCAGCCCUUGAGCACAGAGAUAGAUCAGCUUGUGCUACUUAUUAUUAUGCAUCUCCUCAAGAUCACCUGAAGUCCAAACGGACAUGGAUUAAACAUCAUAAAAUGGGUUUUGGUCCUGAAAAUUUCCCAGCCAGAGUAAAGCAGCUGAAAGUACGAGCUACAGAGUGUAGUCGAACCCUCGACCUGCUAGAACAGCUAAAUGUAGGACAAGAGAUUAAAAACUUGGCGUCUGAUGAGUUUUCAUUGGAAUCAUUGAAAGGUCGCCUCGACUUUGAUAAGGCGGUAAUGAUGGGCCAUUCCUUUGGAGGUGCAACUUCUCUACUGACACUUUACAAAGAUCCUAGAUUCAAAGUUGGAGUUAUUCUGGAUUCAUGGAUGUACACACUAAAAGAUGAGCCUGACAUACCCGGAAGCAUCAAGCAGCCGCUCCUCUUUAUCAACACCGAGACAUUUCACAUUGACAGCAACAUUACCACUAUGCAAAAGUUUGUCAAUGCUCCUCAUGAUGCAGAAAGAGAGCUUCACACAAUCAGGAUGACAACACAUGAAAAUCAAACUGACACAGUUUUUAUAGUUGGCUAUUGGCUAGAUUUUUUUAUGAAGAAAAUUGACCCUGUGUUAGGUUCCAAAAUAAACCAUGGUCUGAUAAUGCGCUACCUAAAGCGCCACAUUGGGGUAGAUCAUUCCAUUGAUCUAAAAAUUCUUGAAAGCCAAAGGCAACUUUAUGUUGAUGACUUCAUUAAGAAGAGCACAAAACCACGUCGUUCCUAAAUUAUCAGCAGAGCAAGGAAGAAGUUAUUUGUUAAAUUGUCUACUGUUAAUGAUUUUGUCAAAGAUGUGAUAUUUCAGCAUUUUUAUAAUAAAUAUUAUGUUUAAUUGUUUGAGA